AUCACACUACACACACUCAAAAUUCAAUAUAUAUUGCAAUUGAUCAGAAUUCACACAUCACAAUCAACACAUGAACAUGCAGUCUCCCUCUCCCCCUCUCUUCAUAUUGGUUACCAUAAUCCUCACCCAAUUAUCAAAAACCUGUUAUAGCGCAUCACUGGAUUCAUUCAUAUACGUAGGCUGCUCCCAGCUCAAAUACACCCCGGGCAGCCCCUACCAGUCCAACCUCAACGCAAUCCUGACCUCCAUCGUCAGCGCCGCCGCCUCUGCUAAUUACAACAACUUCAAAAUCGCCCUCCCGGGCUCGGCCCAGGGCGACGUCGCCUACGGCCUCUACCAGUGCCGCGGCGACCUCGCCUCGGGCGACUGCCGCCAGUGCGUCUCGGGGGCGGUGGCCCGCCUGGGGGCCACGUGCGCGGGCGCCACGGGAGGGGCGCUGCAGCUCGAGGGCUGCUUCGUCCGCUUCGACAACGACUCGUUCGUCGGGGCGGAGGACAAGACGGUGGCGGCGGACAGGUGCGGCCCGCUCGACUCGGGCGAGCUGGCGCGGCGCGACUCGGUUUUGUCGUAUCUGGGCGCCGGGGGGCAGUUUUUUAGGGUGAGUGAGGCCGGGAGGGUGCAGGGCGUGGCGCAGUGCGUGCAGGAUCUGAGCGUGGGGGAGUGCCAGGAUUGCUUGUCGGAUGCGGUCGAGCGACUCAGGACGCAGUGCGGCUCGGCUGCGUGGGGAGAUAUGUUCUUCGCCAAGUGCUACGCGCGCUACUCGGAGCGUGGUUACACCUCCAAACCCGAAAAUGAUGAUGAUGAUGAUGAUGAGCUGAAUAAAACACUAGCCAUUUUCAUUGGACUUGUAGCUGGUGUAGCAAUACUCGUGGUCUUUCUCUCUUUCUUGAGUAAAGCUUUGGAUCACAAAGGUGGCGGUAAAUAAGCAAAUCACGUAGCAAUCGUGUGGUGAAAUUCUUUUUUUUUUUUGUGGUUUAUCUCUUUUCUUUGGCUUAAGUGAACAACGAAAAAAGUGAAGGAAAAUUCAAAUUUCCAUUUGGUCCAUGCCUUUAUCUUGUCGUAGUUUUCAUGAAUAAUAUUCGUUACACUUUUGUAAAAAAGGGUUGAUUCUGCAACGACGAUCAAGAUCAUUUUAAAACCUUAGGCUAGCCAAUUGAUUAAAUUGUUACCGAAUAUAAUGUAUUUUUUGUCGUGGUGCACCUUCAGUUCUUCCA